AUGUCUUUGCCCGUCAGAAAAGCAAGUGCCAAGUUUCAGCAGGUCACGAAGAACCUGAAGGAAAUCACUGCCCACCCCGUUGAUCUCACAAAGGUUCGUAUUGAGAAUCCUAUCGGGUGUGUGCAGGUGCCUGUGGGUUUGGCUGGACCUCUGUGGGUGUGGGAGACCGGCACUAGCGGCGAAGAGGUUGAAGAGGUAUAUGCACCGCUAGCUACCACUGAAGCAGCCUUAGUCGCGAGUUGCUGUCGGGGUUGUAAGGCUUUCAACCGGAGUGGAGGAAUUCAUAUUGUGGCUCUUCGCGAUGCCAUGUCCAAAGUUCCCGCUUUCAUAUUUGACUCGCCAGCCAACGCUCUGGCCUUCGCUCAAGAGGUGCCGACCCUCCAGGGCGAGUUAAAACGGCUUGCCGAAUCUACUAGUCGCCGAAUCCAGCUUCUGUCCGUAACUCCGACCGUGGUGGGCUCCGCAACGCAUGUGCAUUUUAACUACACAUGUGGUGACGCUACCGGUCAGAAUAUGGCUACCAUCGCAACUCAUCGAGCGUGCCACGAGCUGCUGUUAGACACCCCUCUCAGUGAGGAUCUGAAGAUUCGUGGCUUUCAAUUCGACGCGGGAAUGUCGGGGGAAAAGAAAGCCGGCUGGUCACAUGUGCAGCAACCACGCGGCGUCGAGGCCAUGGCGUGGGGGAUGAUCAGCAACGAAGUAGCCGGAGAUCUGCUGGGAUGCUCGACCGAAGCCCUCUACCAGGUUCUGAUUCGUGCACAAGCUGGAGCCGUGCGAGUCGGCGAAUUUGGCUAUUCAUGCAACGCCAUGAACGUUGUGACUGCUAUCUUCAUCGCUACUGGGCAGGACGUUGCCAGCAUCGGUGAAUCGUGCUGGACCCAGCUCACCCCAGAAUACAACUUUGCGACCAAGGUGCUAACUCUGUCACUAUAUAUUCCGUCCCUUCCGGUGGGAGUGGUUGGUGGAGGCACCCACCUGGGUCCUCAGCGUGAGGCGCUUGGUAUUAAAAAGUGCAUUGGACCUGGGAUGAAGCGUCGGCUUGCUGCACUUAUUACCGCAUUUGCGUUGGCCUUGGAUCUUAGCACCGCGGCUGCUGUAACUAACGAUACAUUUUCUCAAGCUCAUGCCGGGCUUCGCAGAAAGCCUGACGAUGCCACGGCAAAGCUUUAG